CGUUUGAACGAUCGUCAGAAGAGGUUGAAUCACGGCCGCUCUCAGCGGCUAUCAGCCCGGCCGACCUUCAUGUGCUGUUUGGCAAUAGUGGGUCCAAUGUACUAGCCGCCGCGUAAGAGACGACCGGGAUCACCGAGUCAUGAGGGAUGGGCUUAUUUACCGUGCGAUUGCCAGUGGGGCUUGCACUCAGCCAGCCCCAGUACGGUCUUCUAGCUCUCCCACACCGACGUGAAUCCCGCGUACCAUGUCAGCGAGUCCAGAUGCACAGCGGAGGGUGUGGAUGAUCACCGGGACCACUUCGGGAUUCGGGAAACGACUUGUACCAAUGGUCCUCGAGCGCGGCGACUAUGUUAUCGCCACGGCGCGAGAUAUCGCCAAAGUCAAUUUCUCACUUUCCGAAACGGACCGUGCGCGUCUUCACGUCGUUCAAGUGGACCUGAUAGACCCACCUGAAAAGAUACAGAGUGUCGUCUCGGAGGCACUUGCAGUGUGGGGUCGUAUAGAUGUAUUGAUCAACAAUGCCGGAUGGGCACCCAAGUCACUCCUGGAGGAAGCGAGUCCGUCCUAUACUCAAACGCUCUUCCAGACGAACGUGUUUGGGGUGCUCAAUCUAACCAAUGCUGUGUUGCCCCAAAUGCGCUCGCGCCGUACAGGAACGGUGGUUUUCCUCGGAAGUCGGUCCGUCUGGAAAGCGGAUACCAUCCUGACGGGACAUUACCUUGCAAGCAAGGCCACAAUUCAUGCAUUCGCGGAGACGUACGCUGCAGAACUCGCGCCAUUCGAUGUCCGCGUCAUCCUCGCAGUACCUGGUGGCUUCCGCACCGAGAACAUCCACACCGCGCCUUUGUUUAGCGAGAAUCACAUUCCCGAGUAUGACGAGCUACGACAGGGCGAGUUUGCCAAGUUCUGGGAGCGCUGGUCAGCAGCUCCCGGAUGUCCGUCGAAGAUCAUGGCUCUCCUCGUAGACGUCGUCACUGGCGAGGGGAAAGCUGCGGGUAGAAAGACCCCGCUAUACUUGGUACUCGGAAAACCUACCUAUGCAGCUGCACAGGCUUUCCAGAAACGCCUGACGGAAGAAAUGGACGCCUGGAGAGACGUGGCGGAGGAUUUGGAUCUGGAGCCUGAGGUCACUGAGGGGAGUGAUCAGGGUGUACUGUCAGCUUAACAAGCGGUGUAUAGUACGUACAUAGUGCCACGAUUCUACUCGGAACUUUCUCUCGCGUAUAUGCUCACCAGGUAUAUGGAUACCGUUAAUGUUGGUACUGCCAGCACGGUGCACCCACGUGACGGUUUCACUCCGAGAUUUGCAGUGGAUACUAG